UGCGCGUUGACCUAGCCGCUAAAGCGACGUCAGCAUAAACCUAUAAGGCGCUUGGACGGCGACGUGGAUAUUUCAGAGUAGAGUCAGCGUUUGAAUAAGUUGUAGGCCUGAGGUUGGUCUGUAAAGUCUGACAUCAUGGACCAGGUAAUGCAGUUUGUUGAACCCAGUCGUCAGUUUGUGAAGGAUUCCAUAAGGCUUGUGAAACGUUGUACUAAACCGGACAGAAAAGAAUUCCAGAAGAUUGCAAUGGCAACAGCUAUUGGUUUUGCGAUUAUGGGAUUCAUUGGAUUCUUUGUGAAGCUCAUCCAUAUCCCCAUCAACAACAUCAUUGUUGGUGGAUAGACGCUGGUUGCUGACUUCAGAAGAUGACUGACUCUGUACACGAGGGUGGGUGGGGUGAGGGAGGGGACACUAAACAUCUAUUUGAUUUUUGCCUCUUUGUUUUUCUAUUUGUUUUCCAGUGUAAAAUAAAAUGGAAAUGAA